CUUCUGCUUCCACGCCGGGAUGGCUGACGGCAGGCACGGUCUUCAUUCACUGGUCACGUUAUCACCGUACAAUUCAAGGUGUUCUACAAGGAAUGAUCCCGAGACACUGUCUCUGUGAGACAGGAUGUGGACAUCCGGCCACUUCUUGGAUGAAUUUUCUCGGCCUACCUUCUCCACGAGGCUCAGAUCUGUCUGACCUAAGAGCCAGUUGGCAUCUUUCUCCUGACAGAAGCCAGAUUUUCACUGGGGCUAGACUAUUUAUUGACAGUGUUUUCCCAGACUGGCCUGUUUGGACAAAGAAACCCAGCAUUAUCCAAGGAUUUUUCUUCUUCUAUGUCUGCAUCUUUUAAGUGCAAUCUCUGUGGCUUUAAGAUCCCGUCAUUCGAGUGGGUUCCACGGUUAUCUAAGAAAAGUUGUCAAGAGGCUUUGCUCUGCAAGCCCCAGAAGAGAACUUAUAAAAACGGAAGGCAGUAGCAGAUGCAAUUACGGAUGUGGCUUAGUCGUUGCAGCUGCCCCACGGAGCUGUGCAGAGCAUACCGUCCUUAGAGAUGAACCCAGAAGAGCGAAUCGUGACAUGGCUUAUAUCCUUGGGAGUUUUAGAUUCCCCCAAAAAGACCAUCUGUGAUCCGGAGGAGUUCUUGAAGUCCUCUCUGAAGAAUGGGGUAGUGCUGUGCAAAUUGAUCAACAGACUUAGGCCUGGCUCUCUAGAAAAGUACUGCUCCGAGCCCCAAACCGAAGCUGACUGCCUCAACAACAUUGGUGACUUCCUGAAAGGAUGUGCGACCCUUCAGGUGGAGGUAUUCGAUCCUGAUGACCUUUAUUCAGGGGUCAACUUCUCCAAGGUUCUGAGCACACUUUUAGCUGUCAACAAGGCAACAGAAGAUCAGCUCUCAGAAAGACCAUGUGGACGUUCCUCUUCUCUUAGUGCUGCUAAUAGUUCUCAGACGAACCCGCAGGGAGCGGUGGUUAGCGCACCUCCAGGCCCGCAAAGGCAGUCCAAGGCAGUGGAGAUGACGGAAAAUGGAAGCCAUCAGUUGAUAGUAAAGGCAAGAUUCAACUUUAAGCAGACAAAUGAAGAUGAGCUGUCGGUUUGUAAAGGGGACAUCAUUUAUGUCACCAGAGUUGAAGAAGGAGGCUGGUGGGAAGGCACAUUAAAUGGCAGAACAGGCUGGUUCCCUAGUAAUUAUGUCCGAGAAAUUAAAUCCAGUGAGAGACCUCUGUCCCCCAAGGCUGUCAAAGGAUUUGAAACUACUCCACUUACCAAGAACUAUUAUACUGUGGUGUUACAGAACAUUUUGGACACUGAAAAGGAUUAUGCUAAAGAACUUCAGUCUCUGCUUGUCACUUACUUAAGACCCCUGCAGUCCAAUAACAAUCUGAGUACUGUGGAGUUUACAUCUUUAUUGGGGAACUUCGAGGAAAUAUGCUUGUUUCAGCAGACGCUCUGUCAAGCCUUGGAAGAAUGUUCCAAGUUUCCAGAAAACCAACACAGAGUCGGAGGUUGUCUAUUGAACCUCAUGCCUCAUUUUAAAUCUAUGUACCUGGCUUACUGUGCAAAUCAUCCGUCAGCUGUCAAUGUGCUUACACAGCACAGUGAUGAUCUGGAACAGUUCAUGGAAAGUCAAGGUGCAUCCAGCCCAGGGAUCCUCAUUUUAACGACCAGCCUCAGCAAACCGUUCAUGCGACUGGAAAAGUACGUUACUCUCUUGCAGGAGUUGGAACGGCACAUGGAGGACACGCAUCCGGAUCACCAGGAUAUUCUGAAAGCAAUCAUAGCCUUCAAAACACUCAUGGGGCAGUGCCAAGAUCUAAGAAAGAGAAAACAGCUGGAGUUGCAGAUACUUUCUGAGCCUAUCCAGGCCUGGGAAGGAGAGAAUAUUAAAACCUUGGGAAAUGUGCUGUUUAUGUCACAAGUAAUGGUGCAGUAUGGAACAUGCGAGGAAAAAGAGGAGCGGUACCUUCUGUUAUUCUCCAGUGUCGUGAUAAUGUUAUCGGCAAGUCCUCGGAUGAGUGGCUUUAUCUACCAGGGAAAAAUACCAGUAGCGGGAAUGGUGGUGACUAGAUUAGAUGAAAUCGAAGGGAAUGACAACACAUUUGAAAUCACAGGUAACAUAGAGAGAAUUGUCAUCCACUGCAACAGCAGUCAGGACUUCCAGGAGUGGCUGGAGCAGCUGUGCAGACUCAUCCGGGGACCCGCCUCCUGCAGCUCGUUAUCUAAAACGUCAUCGUCAUCUUGCAGCGCCCAUUCCACAUUUUCCCAGUCUUUUAGCUCUACUGGACAGCCCCGAGGACCCCUGGAACCUCCUCAGAUUAUAAAGCCGUGGAGUUUAAGUUGUCUGCGACCUGCGCCUCCACUUAGACCGUCAGCAGCACUAGGUUAUAAAGAGAGGAUGUCUUAUAUCUUAAAGGAGUCUAGUAAAAGCCCCAAAACGAUGAAGAAGUUUCUUCACAAAAGAAAGACCGAAAGAAAGCCGUCAGAGGAGGAAUACGUGAUUCGGAAAAGUACCGCCGCUCUGGAAGAAGAUGCACAGAUCCUUAGGGUGAUUGAAGCCUACUGCGCCAGCGCAAACUUUCAGCCAGGCCACGGCUCAAGUGCUCGAAAAGAUUCACUCCCACAAGUCUUACUCCCCGAGGAGGAGAAACUCAUCAUUGAAGAAACCAGGAGCAAUGGCCAGACUAUCAUUGAAGAAAAGAGUCUGGUUGACACUGUGUAUGCCUUGAAGGAUGAGGUCAAAGAACUGAAACAGGAAAAUAAAAGAAUGAAGCAGUGCCUGGAAGAAGAAUUGAAAUCAAGAAGGGACCUAGAAAAGCUGGUGCGGAGGCUGUUGAAGCAGACUGAUGAGUGUAUUCGGGCCGAGUCCAGUAGCAAGACCUCCAUUCUUCCGUAACCAUCACUGUGCAGCUGGGCACACGUGCCUCCGGGGCAUCUAGAAAUGUCCAGCUGAAUGAUUUGUUUGCUCACUUCCUUGGUUUUUAUUUUGUAUCUGAGUCAGUCCUCUCUCUCUCUCUCUCUUUCUUGCUCUCUCUGUUUGCUUGAGUGUUUGUUGUCAUUUGGUUAUUGGUUGGUUAUUUUCUUUUUGACCGGGGUAAAAGCGAGAUGUGGUGGUGGAAAUCUCCCCAGAGUCUUUUCCACUCAAUAAGAAAAGGAAAACGAGGACAGGCAAAUGAUUUAAGUGGUCUUCAUAUGGCCUUCAAUUUAUAGUGCCUCUUCACCAGCCAUUACUCGCCCCCACACCCCGCUUCGUCACUCUUUUGGGGCUGGCUGCCAUAUCAAAGUGGCCGGUCAUGGCUUAGUAAAUGUGAACUUGACUUUUUCUCUCAUGCUUUCUUGUAUCUGGAAGCCCCUCAGUACCCAAUUUAAGGAGGGCAAAGCUCCUUGAGCUAUGACAAGGGUAGGGUCAUUUGCCCAGUGACCCAGCCAUCCUGCCCCGACUAUCAUGUGCCACCCUCAAUGCACACUUUUUUUUUUUUUAUUACUGCCCUGUGUUGUCUAUAAGGCCAAGAAAACAGCAGCAUCCUUAUUCCUUUUGUGUGGGUUUACAUUUUUAACUCUAUGGGGCAGAAGCCCCGGUCACCCUUGCCAACACCAGACCCAUUAGCAAAUUGUAGUAGACAAUCUUGCCCAUCUGCCGCAGAGUUGACCAUCCCUGCCCAGUGCAUGAUAGUUUUUGCCCCUCACUGUCUGCCUCGUGUGUAAGUUUUCUACUUCCCCAGUGCUUUUUAGCCAACCGUGUAAAGCGGUGUGUAAACUUGUACGUGUGCACUUUGCCUACUUUUUGAAAAUAUAGACCGUGAGCAGUCACUUCAUCUACAUGACAUAUUUCAACUUGUGAACCUCUCAUCCUUCAAAACAAUACGCAUUGAGGAGAUAGCGUGCCCUGGUAGACUGCUUUAUCACUUUAUCGCUCUGCCAGGUAUGCAGUGCGAAGCUGUAAUAUUCAUCAACCUCUUUGAGUAGGACUUGAAGCAUUAUUUGCAGAAAUGUGCUGUUGGUCGAGUUUGUAUAUCCAGAAAGAAAGGACCCCCCCCCGUCCAUCCCCCUACCCCUGGCAGUGGUUGUGUGCUGGUUGCUGGUGAAGCUCGGUGUUUGGAGCUGGUCUACUAACAUUGCUCGAUGACUCCAACAGUCCCCUUUGUGAGUGUCUCCAAAUUUAGAACAGUGGUAAACCAGGUUUAGAAGAGGGUCCCAGAAGAACAGAACACAUCCAAAUUGGCACAAACGGAAGUCGGCACGAGGCUCCAGGACAGAGCAGUGCAACCCACUGCCCCCUCUCCCCAAGACAGGUGCAGUCGGGCAGGUGGGGCAGAUCACUGGAAAGAGAGGCAAAGGGCCAAUGGACUGGUCAAGGUCGCCUUCCAGAUAUAUUUGGUGGGUCCCUCUAAAUGUGGGUUUUGCCAAUGGCGUUUAGAAAUCAGACUUGAAGCUUGAAUCCCCCAGCUCGCUAAGCUCUUUUUCUUUCUAGUACUGGGGGGGGCCUCAAGUUCCCAUAGCUCCACGGUACAGGGCUAUUGACUGCUUGCCACACGGCAGAAAUGACACUGUCCGCAGAAAGGGGACGGUUCCGGCAGACCGCCAUCAGCCAACCGCACGCAGCCAUCUUCAGAAUGAGGAGUGAAGAUUUCUAGAAAUGGCCGGUGUUCUGUUUUUAUGCCCAGCAGCUUAGAUACACCGUCCUCCACCUAAAAAUGAACAACCAACGCAGACCUGAGCAUCUGCCCCACCUGUGGUUAAUGAAUGGCUUGCAGUAAAUGCACCAGCUAUAUCCAUAGGGAACAUUUUCGUGAUUACAAAAUACUUUAGCUGAUAAGGUAUAGGAUUGCUUACAAUAUUGAAAGGUCUUUAUUUUAAAGUGACGUGUACAUAUGCAUGUUUCUGAAACUGGGCCCUUCGGAAGAGAGGCCCUCGGUACUGUGGGUAGUGAAGCUCCGUGCUCACACAUUAAGCAGUCCUACACAGGAAAUGAAGCCAUGUUCACCCGAGACCAGUGUCUCCAUAGGUGUGUUGUUUACAAUACUCUGUAAGUGGGUUCCUGUCACCCUGUAAUUAAACCGCUGCCCUUAGAGGCUUUUUAGUUCCUCUUCCGUCAUGUCCCUUCUUAAACAAGCUCAGAUUUUCUAACUUGUUUUUAUUUUGAAGACUUUUAAAAUGGACAUUUUCAAUAAAUAAGAAUAACAGUGCUUUAUAAACCAA